AAUGCUUAAACGUAACGACAUGCAGUAAGCUGUGCGAAUAUAAAAUCUGAGAGAAAUAAAUUCGAAAUAUUUUCAUUUGACACGUGCGUUUUUAAUUGCUUUUCGGCAAUUACGGAAUUGAUUUCAGCAAAUUAAAAUCGCAAGCCAAAUAAAUAACCGCCAGUGCCAAUUGUUCAAGUAGCUCCAACUCCGAUGCAACAUCUGAAUUUAAUGCAUGCGCAUGCGCAACCAAAUUUACACGCUAUGAAUAUUAUGCCGCCAUAUAAUCAGUUAAUGCCGUUGUAUGCGUGCAAUUCGACACCGAUCCAACCAAUGCACAUGUAUACACAACCCAUGUAUAAUCAUCCGUUAGGUGGACAACUCUAUAAUCAAGGACAUCAGAAUAUGAGUGCUUACGGCGUAAUGCCGACAAAUAAUUCAUAUGACAUUCCCCCGGGGUUUAACUUCAUGCCACAACGUCAGCCAUUGAAUCCAUCUGAGUUCCAUGUAGAGCACAAUUCGGAAAACAUCAUCGAAGACAAAAAACAGGAGACUCCAGUUAAUAAGCAUGUAUAUUUGAAUGGAAUGCUCUAUAAUACAGACUAUCUGGGGCCAGAACCUGAAGACUCCAACGAAAAUCCGACAAAGGAUACGCUGCUCGAUGAUCAGGAUGAAAAUUACGAUCCAUCCUCAGAUCCUACUCCAACGAUUCAUGGCUUACGCUUUUACAAUCCGUUUUACGGACCAGAGGGUGCCAUACCCAAGCAGAAUGGGUCAAAGGUAAAGUCGUGUCCAAAGACCAGGAAACAGUCGGGGCCACCGGAGGCUUUGGCAAAUGGUUUGCCUCACUUUAAGGGACUUUAUUCACAGCUCGCCAUGCAUCGUUUGAGCCAUGCGGAUUUCUAUGGCGCCCAGGCUCAGUCCGUGGCCCGUGAGAUUUUACAUAAGAAUCAAUUGCUUAAGAAUCAGCAGGCGAAAGAGGGGAAGCAACAGCAGGAACUGGACAAGAAAGUCGACACUGUGGUUCACAAUUUUCGAGUCAAGUCAAAGCAACGACGUCAGGGACGAAAUCGUUUCCGGGGAUUUACCCAAUCCUUUGGCAUCGUUGCACCCGUGAAGCGUGUUACUCAAAUACCCAAUGGCAAUGUGGAGGCGGCCAAAAAUGUCCUUUCUUUGUUUGACAAGAAGCAUCCAUACAAAAGGAUUCCACUCGAUGAGAUGGAAACGGACAAUAAUGAUGAGUGUUCCCAGUCUACCACAGAUCAGAAUAAUAAUGAUACCUUUUUCAAAGAUUAAUAAUUUAAAAACGU